AUGAAUCUAAAUUAUUAAAGCUUAACAAAUCCUGAUCCUAAUGUAGAAGAAACUCAAAAGUAAUAAAAAAUAUGUAAAACAACCUAGGAGGAUGAAAAAUAAUUGAGGAAAGUUAUCGAAAUAGGAUUGAAAAAUAAACAACAUAAAAGUACUUUGAGUGAUCGCUGA